CAAAUUACUCACAACGCUUCGCUCAGUCGAUUGACAACGUAGAAAUUGCAUUAACAGUGGGCUGUAACCCGCUUUAACACGUUUACAGACGGUUUCUUAUCUCCCAAAAUGUAUCUGUUUUGAGAUGUUAAAACAGUACAUUACGUUUAGAAAGAAAAAAAACAGUACGUUACGUACUCAAAAGGGGCGGAGUUAGAUUUCUACACAAUACAGCUAGCCUAGCAGCGGCUUUCGGUUAACACAACAUCAAAUCGCCAACAAAACAGCGUUGAAAGUCGGUUUAUUUAGGUACUUUUGUAGUAUCAUGUAAUUGAUAUAACAAAUAGCCUACUAACAGACUUCAUUUGUUCUUGAAAGUAAUCAAUCUGGGCUCCAGACGUUGAGUGACAGCCAUGGUGCAGCAAUACCAGUCACCCGUACGGGUUUACAAACACCCCUUUGAGUUGAUAAUGGCUGCCUAUGUACGGAGGUUUCCAAACUGCCCUUUGAUCCCGAUCUUUGUGGACAGUGAGGUUGUCAAAGAGGAGCACAGUGAUGACGGAGCCAUCGUGUUCACCGAGAGACGCUGUAAGGUGGAAGCCGACGCCCCCCGGCUCUUCAAAAGGAUGGCUGGUGUGGACUACCUGUACUUCAUCCAGAAGAACACACUGAACCGCAGGACGAGGACACUGCACAUUGAGGUCGUCAAUGAGAGCUUCUCCAACAGAGUCAUCGUCCAUGAGAUCUGCAACUACACCGUUCACCCGGAGAAUGAGGAGUGGACGUGCUUUGAACAGACAGCCAGUCUGGACAUCAAGUCCUUCUUUGGCUUCGAGAAUGCAGCUGAGAAGCUGGCCAUGAAGCAGUACGCCAACAGUAUUAAAAAGGGCAAAGAGAUCAUAGAGUAUUACCUGAAGGAGCUGGAGGAGGAGGGGGUGACCCACGUCCCCCGCUGGAGUCCCCCUCAGGCCUCCCCUCCCACUGCCAUGCUCCAGCUGCCACUCGCCAGUGCCGAUGUCGCCCUUGUGCCCACUGCCAAGGAGACCCACAGCAGAAAGGACCCUGCCAGCCUCACCGAACCACAGACGGCCUCCCCAGACGAUAAGUUGGAUGCUGACUACAUCAGGCGUUACCUGGGAGACCUGACGCCGCUGCAGGAGAGCUGUCUGAUAAGACUACGGCAGUGGCUGCAGGAGACACACAAGGGCAAGAUACCUAAGGACCAGCACGUGCUGCGUUUCCUGCGGGCCCGAGACUUUAACCUGGAGAAGGCCCGGGAGAUCCUGUGUCAGUCCCUCACCUGGAGGAAGCAGCACCAGGUGGACUUCCUGCUAGACUCCUGGGAGAGACCUCAGCUGUUACAGGACUAUUACACUGGGGGCUGGCACCACCACGACAGAGAUGGUCGUCCUCUGUACAUUUUGCGACUUGGACAGAUGGACACCAAGGGUUUGGUGCGUGCCUUGGGCGAGGAGAACCUUCUAAGACAAGUCAUGUCCAUCAACGAGGAGGGCCUGAGACGUUGUGAAGAGAACACCAGAGUAUUCGGCCGACCCAUCAGCUGCUGGACGUGCCUGGUGGACCUGGAGGGGCUGAACAUGCGUCACCUGUGGCGGCCGGGUGUUAAAGCCCUGCUGAGGAUCAUUGAGGUGGUGGAGGCCAACUACCCAGAGACCCUGGGGCGCCUGCUCAUACUGAGGGCCCCGCGGGUCUUUCCUGUGCUGUGGACACUGGUCAGCCCAUUCAUUGACGAGAAUACCAGGAAUAAGUUCCUUGUGUACGCUGGAAACGAUUAUCAGGGCCCCGGUGGUCUGGUGGACUACAUCGACAAAGAGGUCAUCCCUGACUUCCUGGGAGGCGACUGCCUGUGUGAGAUACCUGAGGGAGGAACCGUCCCGAAGUCUCUAUAUAGGACGGCAGAAGAGCUGGAGAGUGAAGAGCUUCGCCUGUGGACAGACGCCAUCUAUAAGAGUGCCAGUGUAUUCAAGGGGGCCCCACAUGAGCUGCUGAUCGAAAUCUCCGAGCCGUCAUCCGUGAUCACCUGGGACUUUGACGUGUGCAAAGGGGACGUGGUCUUCAACAUCUACCACUCCAGGAGGGUGCCCCAGCCCCCCAAGAAGGAGAUCCUCGGGGCCCACGGCAGCCUUACGUCGCCAGCCGCCAACAACGUGCAGCUGAUCGACCGGUCGUGGGUUCUGGGCCAGGACUACAGCAUAGUGGAGACAGCACUCACCUGCAAGGAGGGAGAAAGUGUCCAGGGUUCCCAUGUGACCCGGUGGCCCGGGUUCUACAUCCUCCAGUGGCGCUUCCACUCGUCCCCGGCCUGCUCUGCCUCCAGCCUGCCCCGGGUAGACGACGUGCUGGCCUCCCUGCAGGUCUCCUCCCACAAGUGUAAGGUCAUGUUCUACACGGAGGUGCUGGGCUCCCACGACUUCAGGGGCUCUAUGACCAGUCUGGAGUCGAGUCACAGCGGCUUCUCCCAGCUGAGUGCCGCCACCACAUCCUCUAGCCAAUCACAGUCCAGCUCCACCGUAUCAAGAAAAACCAGUGCUGUGCCCACACACCUGCCAAUGCUGACUUAACCUUACCGAAGGGGAUGAGAGAUCUGUUAUGAACUGUAUGGGACGAGGAUAGCCUCGCCUUGGGGCGGAACAGUGGAGUUCCUACCUGUAGUUUAUGAACUGUAUGGGACGAGGAUAGCCACGCCUUGGGGUGGAACAGUGGAGUUCCUACCUGUAGUUUAUGAACUGUAUGGGAUGAGGAUAGCCUCGCCUUGGGGUGGAACAGUGGAGUUCCUACCUGUAGUUUAUGAACUGUAUGGGACGAGGAUAGCCUCGCCUUGGGGUGGAACAGUAGAGUUCCUACCUGUAGUUUAUGAACUGUAUGGGACGAGGAUAGCCUCUCCUUGGGGUGGAACAGUGGAGUUCCUACCUGUAGUUUAAAGCGCUGCAGGAUGCACAUAGUUUAUGUGUGCAAAUAAUAAUACAUUUUAUUAGUUUCGCUAGUGAUAUUAUUAAAAUAUAUCUGUACGUUGUUUAAUUUGUAACCCCGUCUGUAUUUGUAAUUUGUGAAUUUGUAAUGUAUGGAACAAGAACAUCUGCGAUGUUGGAAUCUGAAUGAAUAAAUGCAAAUGGAGAUUUGUCUUGUAAAGCCACCACCAUUCUCCUUGCUGUUGUUCUUUAACGGGGAUAUUACUGUUAUGUUUCUCCAUUCUCUGAAAAUGUCAAUAAAGCUGUGGUUGCUGAAGUUACCUCAAUUCA